AUGGAGUCUUCACGCGGCCCCCCGAGGGUCAAGAACAAGGCCCCCGCGCCCAUCCAGAUCUCGGCAGAGCAGCUGCUGCGCGAGGCUCAGGACAGGCAAGAGGGAACCUUGAAAGCACCCACCCAACGCUUCGCAGAUCUCGAGGAGCUCCAUGAAUUCCAAGGCAGAAAGCGCAAGGAGUUCGAGGACUAUGUGCGCCGCAAUCGCAUCAACAUGAACAACUGGAUGCGCUACGCACAGUGGGAACUCGAGCAGAAAGAAUACAGGAGGGCGCGUUCCGUUUUCGAGCGAGCCCUCGAUGUCGAUUCCACCUCGGUCAUCCUAUGGAUCAGAUACAUCGAGGCCGAGAUGAAGAACCGGAACAUCGCCCACGCCCGCAACCUCCUCGAUCGCGCCGUCACCAUUCUGCCACGCAUCGACAAGCUCUGGUACAAGUACGUCUACAUGGAGGAGAUGCUGGGAAACAUCCCCGGCACGAGACAAGUCUUCGAGAGAUGGAUGGAGUGGGAGCCCGAAGAGGCUGCCUGGAGCGCCUACAUCAAGCUUGAGAAGCGCUAUGGCGAGUACCAGAGGGCGCGCGACAUCUUCCAGCGGUUCACCAUCGUCCACCCCGAGCCGCGGAAUUGGAUCAAAUGGGCCAAAUUCGAAGAAGAGUCUGGGACCAGCGAUCUCGUCCGCGAAGUUUAUGCCUCUGCUAUCGACGUGCUUGGAGACGAGUUCACCGACGAGAAACUUCUCAUUGCAUGGGCCCGCUUCGAGGCCAAAAUGAAGGAGUACGAGCGGGCGAGGGCCAUCUACAAGCAUGCUCUGGACCGCCUGCCACGCUCCAAGUCAAUGAACCUCCACAAAGCCUACACUACUUUCGAAAAACAGUUUGGUGAUAAGGAGGGCGUCGAAGAUGUCGUUCUAUCCAAGCGCCGGAGGCUCUAUGAGGAUCAGAUCACUCAGAACCCCAAGAACUAUGAUAUAUGGUUCGACUACGCGCGCCUGGAGGAGACCUCGGGCGACCUGGACCGGGUACGAGAUGUCUACGAAAGGGCAGUGGCCCAAAUACCACCUACUCAAGAGAAGCGACACUGGCGCCGGUACAUAUAUCUAUGGGUGUUUUAUGCCUUAUGGGAGGAGAUGGAGGCCAACGACGUCGACCGCGCACGGCAGAUCUAUAAGCUGUGCUUGGAUCUUAUACCCCAUAAGAAGUUCACAUUCGCCAAACUCUGGCUGCUGAAGGCGCAAUUCGAAAUCCGACAGGGACAGUUGACCGCUGCACGGAAGACCUUGGGCCAAGCUAUCGGCAUGUGCCCCAAAGAUAAGCUCUUCAAGGGUUACGUGGAGCUCGAGAUGAAGCUGUACGAGUUCGUGCGGUGCCGCACUUUGUACGAAAAACACAUUGAGUGGAACCCUGCAAACUGCCAAGCAUGGAUCAAGUUUGCAGAGCUCGAACAAAGUCUGGAUGAUCUGGACCGUGCGAGAGCUAUAUACGAACUUGCUAUAAGCCAGAAUGUGCUGGACAUGCCUGAACUGCUAUGGAAGGCGUAUAUCGACUUUGAAGAAGGCGAGGGCGAGUAUGACAAAACCCGCGACCUGUAUGAGCGACUGCUCGAGAAGACAGACCAUGUCAAGGUGUGGAUCAGUUAUGCACACUUCGAACUCAACAUUCCAGAUACCACAGAUGAGACGGCGAAUGGCGAGGCAGAAGAAUCGCCCAAGAGCGAGCAAGCAAGAGAGAGCGCCCGGAAGGUAUUCCAGCGCGCUCAUCGGCGAAUGAGGGACCAGGAACUCAAAGAGGAGACGGUCUCACUCCUAAACUCAUGGCUGUCAUUUGAGCGUGCCUAUGGAUCAGCCGAGGACAUCGACAAGGUCCAGAAGCAGAUGCCGCGCAGGACAAAGAGGAGACGGAGACUGGAAGACGACACGUACGAGGAAUAUAUUGACUACGUGUUCCCAGCGGAUGACGAGCAGAAACAGGAUCUGUCAAAUAUGCUGGCUAUGGCCCAAGCGUGGAAGCAGCAGGGAGGUGCCACCAGCUGA